AUGACAAAUACAGAGAGAGAUAUCUCACAGAAAAUUUCUGCAAAUGAGUAUGAGACUGUUGCUUUUAUGAAAAGCAGGUUAAAUUACUUGCAGAUAAUGAUGAAAAAAUGGGUUAACGGAACGUCCAACAACAUCGAGAUCCUAAACCGAUAUAUGCAUGCAAAAAGAAAAAGUGAUAAUUUUAUGAUGCAACUUGUCGCCAAUAAAGUCAAACUGGCACCUUUAGUUCCUGCAUCGACGAUAGCGUCGUCACCAAAUUACAACUCCUCUUCAUUUUCGUCGUUACACGACUCGACGACAGCUGCAAUACCACCACCCAUAUCGAAUAAUAAUCAUAGCACCUCGCAAUUUACUUCCGGUCGAUGGGCUCGACGAUUUCAAUCUCAACAGCAAAACUUAGGAGAACAAGACUUGACAUUUAGCAGAAUGGUUAAUAGCGGAAACAGCGUCUCUUUGGGUGAAAAUAUGUCUGAGGGUGCUGAUGGCGGUAAUAAUGAUAAUGUUGGUGUUAAUGAGAUUGGCAAUAAUAUGAAUACAAUAACAACUGCAAUAACGACGUCGACGACAACAGCACAAUCCACUGAUAAUUCUAUCCCGAGCAUGCAUCAUCAUUUCAGAAGUAAGCCUGUAUGUAAACUUUAUUGUGCUCAUUGUAACACAAGGGUUUGCGUAAGAGGCAUGAAGGCGAUGCUCCUUGCAGAUACUCGAAUUGAACUUUUCUCAACAGAUGUUCCACCAAUAUCAGUUCAAUUGGUCGCGGAUGAUUACAUUACUCAAAACUGUCACUGCAAAAUUCGAGAUGUCGCCUGUCUUAUGUGCGGAAACACACUUGGAUAUCACAUCACACAACCAUGUCAACAAUGCAUGGAAUCAUGCAAUAAUGGCCAUUUCUGGAUGUUUCAUAUCGAAGCUGUAACUAGUGAGGAAAGAAUGGAUGCUUUAGGUCGAAGAAUUUUACUAUGGGCUAAUCUGCCUCGAGCAGAACAAGACUUUGAAGUGGUAGAUUCAGAUGAUGAUGAAUACGAUCGAAUCGAAUACGAUGAAAUUUGCUUUCGGUGA